AUGCAGAGCCAGGCGGCGCUGCGGAAGCCGCCGAGGCCCGACAAGGCCACGGCGGUGCAGGACGACGAAGCCGCGGCGGCGUCGGCGGCGCAGGCGUGGUUCCAGUACCCGGUGGAGGACCCGCUCGAGAGGGACGACCUCUUCGCGGAGCUCUUCGGAGAGGCGCAGGCGGCCGUCGACGCCGGCAGGGGGGCGUGCUGCAAGGAGGAGGCGGAGCGCGGGGGCGAGGCCGCGCGCCAGAGCAGCGGGAUGAUGCCGCCGCCGCCGCCGCUGCCGAGGCACGCGCACGCGCCGCGGGAGGAGAAGGCGUGCACGGGAGACGGUGCCGCGGCGAGGACGUCCGCCGGCUGCUGCGAGGCCACGGCGACGGCGACGGAGGGCGGCGAGUCGUCCAUGCUAACCAUCGGGUCCAGCUUCUGCGGGAGCAACCACGUGCAGACGACGCCGCCAGGGGCCGCUAAGGACGUCGCCAGGGCCCGCGACGCCGCGACGGACACCUCGUCGGCGACGCGGUCCAGGUCCUGCACCACCAAGAGUGAGCAUCCCGGUCCCGGCGCUGCCGCUGCCGCCGCCCACCGGAGCGGCAAGCGGAAGCAGAGCGACGCCACGGACGCCAAGGACGUGGAGUUCGAGUCCACCGACGUCACGUGCGAGCCGGCGCAGAAGAUGAAGACGGCCAAGCGGCGCCGCGCCGCCGAAGUCCACAACCUCUCGGAGCGGAGAAGAAGGGACAGGAUCAACGAGAAGAUGAAGGCCCUGCAGGAACUCAUACCUCACUGCAACAAAACCGACAAGGCGUCGAUGCUGGACGAGGCGAUCGAGUACCUCAAGUCGCUGCAGCUCCAGCUGCAGGUGAGCUUCGGCUUCCUUCCUUCCUUCCUUCCUUCCUCGUCGCCCCAAAACCAAGCUCCAGCUACCCAAGAACGAGACAUCGACCGACGUGUGACGUUUGCAUUGUCGCGGCGCACGCAGAUGAUGUGGAUGGGCGGCGGAAUGGCGGCGGCAGCGGCGCCGGUGGUGUUCCCCGCGGGGGUGCACCAGUACAUGCAACGGAUGGUGGCCGGGCCUCCACCCCACGUGGCUUCCAUGCCCGGGAUGCCGUUCAUGGCGCCGCCGGCCGUGCAGGGCCCGCCGUUGCCCGACCUCUACGCGCGCUACCUCGCCGUCGACCACCACCUGCCGCCGCCGCCGCCGCCCUUGGUGGCACCACCAUACACGGUUCAGCAGCAUUGCCUGCAGGGGACGACGAUGGGCUUCUACCAGCGGCAGAACCCGGCGCUGCCACCGCCGCCCACCGUGCCGGCGGCGUCGCCUGCCGACGGCAUCCUGCACAAAAAAUACGGUACGCCGCAGAAUGUGAAUGUGGAUGUGAUGUGA